UAAUUUUUCUGCAAUCUUCCGCCCCUUGAUAAACCCAUUUCGUUCUUCCCUAAUUUUUAGCUGUAAACCUAACCCUAGAUUGUAGUUGCCGCCGCCGCCGACAUGGCCGACGUCCAGCAUUCCAUUCCGGAGAAGUCAAAGAAGAAGAAAAGCAAGUCGAAGGAAGAGGAUGAAAGCGACGCGGUCGAUUACCUCAUUAAGCCGCAGAGCUACACUCCGUCCGUGGAUGCCUCCCAGUGGCCUAUCCUACUGAAGAACUACGACAAACUGAAUGUACGCACUGGGCACUUCACUCCCUUGCCCUCCGGUUGUUCCCCUUUGAGACGCCCGUUACCGGAAUACCUCAAGUACGGUAUCAUCAAUCUCGACAAGCCGGCGAAUCCAUCAUCUCACGAAGUUGUUGCCUGGAUUAAGCGCAUCCUACGUUCUGAGAAAACGGGGCAUUCCGGCACGCUCGAUCCGAAGGUCACUGGUAACUUGAUCGUUUGCAUUGACCGCGCCACACGCUUGGUGAAAUCACAGCAAGGUGCGGGGAAAGAGUACGUAUGCGUGGCUCGAUUGCAUUCAAAGGUCCCUGAUGUUUCCAAGGUUGCAAGGGCGCUGGAGUCUCUAUCAGGUGCGGUUUUUCAGAGACCUCCUUUGAUAUCUGCAGUUAAGAGGCAACUUAGGAUUAGGACUAUUUACAGUAGUAAGCUACUUGAAUACGAUGCCGACAGGCAUUUGGUUGUUUUCUGGAUUUCCUGUGAGGCUGGGACAUAUGUAAGGACAUUAUGUGUUCAUUUGGGGUUGAUAUUGGGUGUUGGAGGGCAUAUGCAGGAGUUGAGAAGGGUGCGGUCUGGGAUUUUGGGGGAGAAUGACAAUAUGGUGACAAUGCACGAUGUGAUGGAUGCUCAGUGGAUGUAUGAUAACUAUAGGGAUGAAAGUUACUUGAGGAGGGUGGUUAUGCCAUUGGAGAUGAUCUUGACUACUUAUAAGAGGCUUGUGGUGAAGGAUUCAGCUGUUAACGCAAUUUGUUAUGGUGCCAAGUUGAUGAUUCCCGGUUUAUUGAGGUUUGAGAAUAAUAUUGAGGUCAAUGAGGAGGUAGUGUUGAUCACUACCAAGGGGGAGGCGAUUGCGUUGGGGAUUGCAGAGAUGACUACAGCUGUAAUGGCCACUUGUGACCAUGGAACCGUGGCCAAAAUUAAGAGGGUUGUGAUGGAUAGGGAUACGUAUCCGAGGAAGUGGGGUUUGGGUCCUCGAGCAUCGAUGAAGAAGAAACUCAUAGCUGAAGGGAAGUUGGACAAGCAUGGGAAGCCAAAUGAGAAUACGCCGGCUGAGUGGUUGAGGAAUGUUGCUUUGCCUGCUGGAGAUGACCUUAAGAUUGCCAGUCAUGCUGCAGUUGCAGAGCCAAUUCCAACUCCAACUCCUGAUGCAGGCAAUGGGGAGGCUGAUGUUGUGGUUGAGAAGAAGAAAAAGAAGAAACACAAGGCCGAUGACAAUGAUGGAGAGAGUCGAAAACGGAAGCUAGAUGCUGUUGAUGAUACUCCUGUUGCCAAGAAAGCUAAGGUCGAAAAAGUUACGGAAGUUGUACAGGUGAAGGAGAGUGUUGUCGAAGCUGAAAAUGUGGAUGGGGAGUCGGAGAAGAAGGAGAAGAAGAAGAAGAAAAAGAAGGAGAAAGCAGAUGAAGCUGAUGGGGAGAAGGAGGGAUCAAAGAAAGAGGAACAAUUAGAUGCUGAGAAGUCUGAUGAGAAAAAGAAGAAGAAGAAAGACAAGAAACAGAAAGAUGCUGAAAAUGUGGAGUCUGGUGAAGAGGAAGCAAUCAAGAGUGAGAAGAAGAAGGAUAAGAAAAAGAAGAAACAGAGAGAAUCUGCAGAGCCACAGGAGUAGACGAAGGGUGCUCUGGUCUGGAGCUCAUGUGUUUUUUAUGUUUAUGAAUUGAGUGGUGAUGGAUAUGGGCAGAGAGAUAGAGAGAGAGAGAGAGCUUUAUGUGCGAGUGUCGUGUCUAUUUAGCCAUUAUCUACAAAACAUGUUUCUUGCAGUAUUUUCAAAUUUUUGAUUGUCGAAUGUUUCUCAGGUUCUUGGGAUGUUGUUAGUUAUAAAGCUACUUACGUUUCGGAUGGAAA